UUCUACAUUAGCAUAUUCGCACAUUUAAUUUGUUCGCAAAUAUUCAAACGGAUCGAAAAUGAGCACUUUACCCAGAGUAUUCUUCGACAUGACCGCCGACAACCAGCCCGUCGGUAGGAUAAUUAUGGAGCUGCGCUCUGAUGUUGUGCCCAAGACGGCGGAGAAUUUCCGUGCUCUGUGCACCGGCGAGAAGGGCUUUGGCUUUAAGGACUCCAGUUUCCAUCGCGUCAUUCCAAACUUUAUGUGCCAGGGUGGCGAUUUCACCAAUCACAACGGCACUGGCGGCAAGUCGAUCUACGGCAACAAGUUCCCCGAUGAGAACUUCCGCCUGAAGCACACCGGCGCCGGCAUUCUGUCAAUGGCAAAUGCUGGCCCCAACACCAACGGAUCGCAAUUCUUCAUUUGCACCGUGAAGACCUCUUGGUUGGAUAACAAACACGUUGUGUUUGGCGAAAUUGUUGAAGGCUUGGAUGUUGUCAAGCAAAUCGAAUCUUACGGUUCGCAGUCGGGGAAGACCACAAAGAAGAUCGUGAUCGCUGAUUGUGGAUCACUUUAAGAUAGCUAAACUCCUUCUCUGGUCAAUACAAAUUAAAAAUACCUACUCGCAUUUUCUCGGACAAAUCAAUA